GCUCAGUAUGCUUUGACAUUUCAUCAUGAAUAGACUUACUAACGAGCAACGCUUGCAAAUCAUUGAAUUUUAUUACCAAAAUCAGUGUUCGGUUCGAAAUGUGUUUCGCGCUUUACGUCCGAUUUAUGGUCUACAUAAUCGACCAAGUGAGCAAACAAUUAAUGCGAUUGUGACCAAGUUUCGCACUCAGUUUACUUUAUUGGACAUUAAACCAACCACACGAAUGCGUACAGUGUGUACAGAAGAGAAUAUUGCGUCUGUUUCUGAGAGUGUGGCUGAAGACCGUGAAAUGUCGAUUCGUCGCCGUUCGCAGCAAUUGGGUUUGUGUUAUUCGACCACAUGGAAGAUUUUACGCAAAGAUCUUGGUGUAAAACCGUAUAAAUUUAUGUCUGAUAAACCAAAGCGUCCUCUAUCCGCAUACAUGAUCUGGCUCAACAGCGCACGCGAUCAAAUUAAGCGCGAAAAUCCCGGCAUUAAAGUGACUGAAGUCGCGAAAAAGGGUGGAGAAUUAUGGCGUGCAAUGAAGGACAAAUCGGAAUGGGAAGCAAAAGCGGCUCAGGCUAAGGAGAAUUACGAAGAUGCCGUAAGAGAAUUCGAAGCGAAUGGAGGUAGCACAGCAAAUGGCACCACCAAGAAGCGUGGUAAGGCGGCGAAAAAGCCCGCCAAAAAGAGCAAGAAGCAAGAGUCUGAAGAUGAAGAUGAUGAGGAGGAUGAAGAAAGCGAUUAAUUUUAGUUGAAAUACUGAAUUAAUUAUAGCAAACACAUACUUUCAAUAUACACUAAAAGGACCAGCUUGCCCAUCUGUAACCAUCUUUACAUAUUUUCGCACAACACAUUUAUAUUCAUAUGGUAUAUGUCGUAAAAUAGUUCAUUUUUUUAAAACAAAAUUUCAAGAACAUCAAAAAACAGUAAAAAGAAAAAUACAUUUAUGAUAUGAAAAGUCUUUAGUUGUAGAAAAAGUAAUAUGCAAAGUAACGUAAAGAAAUUGCAUUUAAUUUAAUAUUAUAUACUUAAAUAAAAAAAAAAACUUGUAAAUUGAAUGAAAAUGCAUAGUUACAUUAAUAUAAGUGAUUGUCGAAGUCGUGAAAAAAAGAAUAAAAUGUACUAUUAUAUAUGUGACUGAAUUUACAUAUACUUAACAUAUUACAUAAGAGGUUGUAUUAAUGCGAAUUAGGGUGCUUCACUGAGUCAAGGGCUAUUUGUGCGUAUAGCUAGUUAUGACACCAUUUUGUUGGAAUGGUGCAUGACUAUUAAAUUCCAGGUUUGCAAGGAUUUCAAUGAUGUAGAUGUCAAAAUAUACAAUAGGUUAGUAUUGUUGCAACUAAUUAGAAAUUGCGCACCCAAAGUCAAGUUGUAAAUUGAUUCGCCAUGUUUGACUGCGAAUCGAGCUAGUAAAUAUAGUAAAGAAAAGUGAAAUCAUAUCAAACUCGGAUCAUAUAAUUUAGGCGAAGAAAAUAUUUGUUGCUAUCUUACUAAUAAUAAGUUAAAAGCAAUGUGAGACUAGAAGACACCGCAGAAUUGGUUACAACAUCUUGAGAACAUGUUUGACAAUAAUAUAGAGGCAACUGAACGAGUAAGCUCAAACGUUUAUAUCCAAAACAAGAUCGGUACGAAAGUCACUAUCUUAAAUGCGUGAAACUUUGUUUAUAUUUCAAAAAAGAUAAAGCUGCAAUUGUAUAUAGAAUCGAUUGUCGUAGUAAAGUUGCUAUUUGCGCUCUAACAUCAAUCACUUGGUUUAUUUUCAAUAUUAAAUAUGAAAGUAACAAAACACAAUAUUUGAUUUAUAAAUACGUUUCCAGCCUCUUUAUAAAGCAAUGUACUUUAAUUAAUUAAUGUUUUCGUGGAUAAUACCUUUAAAAUCGUAUUUCGCGUAUUCUGUUAAGUCACAAUUGUUGUAUAGAUCCGCACUUUUAUUAAAUAAUAAACAAGUUAACAUAGACAACGUACUGCAUAUUUUUUCUAACUAGUUUCAUUUCUUCUUUCAUGUUUAACAUAUUUAACAAUAAUAUGGCAUUAGAGUAGAAAUUAUUGUAAUGAAAUUUUAUAAAUAGAAAUAGACGCAUAUAAAUACUAGUAAAAUUAAAGGUCAGCGUUUGUAUGCAUGCAAUUCUUAAAAUUUAAAUAAAGUAAGAAUAUCAGAAAUAAAUCACAUAAAAUAAUUUUUUCCACUAUUCUUAUUAGAAAUUGACGCUAUUUUUUUUUAUGUAUAUGUAUAAAUGUAUAGGCAAAUAUCGAAAUAAACAUAAAUAUUUAGCUCAGCAAAGCAGCUGCUUUUCAAAUAUGUUAUGUAGUGGUAUUUUCCGCUCAAGUUAUGCUUUCUUUAUAGUUUUUCAAUAUUUUUAUUUUACUUCGAUACAGGCUCAUAUUAACAAUUAUUUUAUAUUGAAAUAAUUUAGGCUAAAUCAAAUCAAAUGUUCGUAGGUUUACAAGUUUAAAUUCAAAUACACACUUUCUAUAUUGCUACAAAUAUAAAAAUAAAACCAAAAAAAAAAAAAAAAA